GGCUUGGCAUCUUUUCGCUUUCGUUAUUCGUUAAAAUAACGCGCUGAUCGUUAACCUACGCGUAUUGCGUCAGCACCAAACUCUGACUGAUCCGUUCAUACAUUCGGCGCGCAUUUGGCAAAGUAUUUGCAAAGUACCCGGAUAACUCGCGAGAGCAGAAAAAUUUAAAUUUAAAAAUAAAUAAAAAUAAAAUGGAUUAUAGUUAUUUUAUUAAUCAACAUGCAGGAAGACGGCGACCUGCCAUUACCAGAGAAUUAACAAAACGCCAUUAUAGCGCGCCAAAAGAAUCUAUUUCUUUGGCUGAAGGCAUGCCGAACGAAACAACAUUCCCAUUUGAAAAUAUUUCCAUUAGUUUAAAAGAUGGUCAUAUGGUUCAAUUGGGGCAGCCCGAAUUGUCUGCAGCAUUGCAGUACAACCCUACCCAGGGAUAUCCGCCUUUACUGAAAACUCUAAAAGAGUUCACCAAAUUUGUACACAACCCGCCAAAUUGGGAUCGCAGCGAAGUUUUGGUCACGGUUGGCUCACAAGAUGGCAUUAGUCGAUCAAUUGAAAUGUGUAUGGUUGAAGGUGAUUCCAUAUUAGUACAGAAUCCACUUUAUGCCGGCACUGAGGCUGUGUUGAAAGCUUUCAAGCCAACUAUUCUACCUGUGGAUCAGGAUCAAGAUGGAAUGGUUCCCGAAUUGUUAGAAGAAGUCCUUGAAAACUGGAAAUUACAAUGUGAGCAAAACAGUGCUCUGCGCAUGCCCAAAUUGAUGUAUCUAAAUCCCACGGCUUCCAAUCCAACCGGAACCACAAUUCCUCUUGAUAGACGUCAGAAAAUCUACAAUAUUUGCUGCAAGUACAACAUAAUUAUCUUGGAGGAUGACGCAUAUUAUUUUCUGCACUUUUUGGACCACACCACGCCAUCUUUCUUAUCAUUAGACACUGAAGGAAGAGUGUUGAGAUUCGACUCGUUCUCAAAAAUUAUGUGCCCUGGUUUGCGCAUUGGCUGGCUCACAGGUCCUAAGCAAUUGGUGCAAAAUAUUGAAUUGCAUGUUCAGAGCUCCUAUCUUCAUGCCAGCUCCCUAAGUCAGAUCAUCAUAAACAGCCUAUUCAAUGAAUGGGGAUUUGAAGCGUUCCUGGGUCGGUUGAACACGAUCCGUGAUUAUUACAAAGUCCGUCGGGACGUGACUCUCCAAUCAAUGGAUAAGCAUUUGAAAGGACUCUGUGAAUGGACGGUGCCAUCUGGUGGUAUGUUUGUGUGGAUAAAAGUUAAAGGCAUCAGCGAUGUGUACGACAUGUUAAUGACGCGAGGGUUAAAAAAGCUGAUUACGUUUGUUCCGGGUCAUGCUUUUAUGGCGGAUCCAACGGCUGCAUGCAAUUACAUUCGAGCAUCAUUCAGUAAGGCACAACCUGCUCAAAUUGACAUAGCGAUGAAACUGCUCGCAGAGCUAAUUAUUGAAGAGAAAGAACUGUUAAACAGGAAACUAAACAAUAUUGUUUGAGUAUGGAUUGCGUUGUGUGUGCGACCACUGUGGGUUGGAAACUGUAUGUGAUUAUACCUAUUUAGAUACUGAGCUGAUAAAUGAUAAAGGACUCUGCUCGCACUGAAAUAUUUGAAAGAUUACUGUAGUGAAUAGAAAGGAAAAUAUUGAUUGAGUGAUAUUCAGAGCCCAGUAAACUAGAGUUUAGAUUAUUCCUUCAUAGAGGGCGCAACAGUUGUAUAAAUUAGUAUUAUUUGGUAUUUUUAUGAAACACUAAAUUUCCGUACGACCUGCAAUAUACUUGAAGUAGACUAUUACCAGUAAUUUAGUAUAAUUAAAUAAUGUUUAAUAAAACAUAAAGAAUAAAUAAAUAACAAGAUA